CACAGAAUCAUGGAGAGAGACAGAAAAGGCCCUUUUUCACACACACACACACACACACACACACACACACGCGGGCGCGCACUCACUCACUCUCUUGCACACAUCUUCUGUUGAAGCGCUCACAAGCGCGAAGUCACUGACCAAGUGCGGAUGAAAAUGAGUGGGACACUCGUGUUUGAGUAAACGCGUGUUUUUGAGUUCGACUGUAAACUCUGAACUGAUCACCAUGGGAGCUGUUUGGACUGCACGGCUCUUCUGUUUGUUUUUGCUCUUGUUAAAUACUCGCCAAAGCGCCGCACUUCCUCACAACACUGAUUCAGAUCAGUGUGAAGAGGGAAGCGAUGGCUGUCACAUUGAUGCUAUUUGUCAGAAUACCCCAACUUCAUACAAGUGCACUUGUAAAACAGGCUUUAAAGGGGACGGGAAACACUGUGAAGACAUUGAUGAAUGUGAUCUGGAAUACAAUGGUGGCUGUGUACACGAAUGUUACAACAUACCCGGCAAUUACCGCUGUACUUGCCUUGAUGGGUUUCAUUUGGCACAUGAUGGACUCAACUGUCUCGAUGUGGACGAAUGUUUCUUCAACAAUGGUGGCUGUCAGCAUGUAUGUGUCAACACAAUGGGAAGCUAUGAGUGCCGCUGCAAGGAAGGAUUUUUCCUGAGUGACAAUCAACACACAUGCAUCCAUCGCUCCGUGGAAGGCAUGAGCUGCAUGAAUAAAGAACACGGCUGUGCUCAGAUCUGUAAGGAAACACCCAAAGGUGGCGUCGCCUGUGAAUGCCGGCCGGGCUUUGAACUGGCUAAGAACCAGCGAGGCUGCAUCCUGACCUGUAACCAUGGCAAUGGGGGCUGCCAGCACAUCUGUGAGGACACAGAGCAGGGGCCCAUCUGCAGGUGUCACGUCAGGUACACGCUACACGCAGAUGGCAGAACCUGUGUAGAAAGGGAUGAAAUGACUCCCACCACCCCUGAUCACAAUGCCACCUCCUUGGCCGAGGUUGACAAACGAGUCAAGCGUCGACUUCUCAUGGAGACGUGUGCAGUGAAUAAUGGAGGCUGUGACAGCACCUGUAAGGACACAUCCACAGGUGUUCGCUGCAGCUGCCCAGUGGGAUUUACUCUUCAACCUGAUGCCAAAUCCUGCAAAGACAUUGAUGAGUGUGAACUCCAUAACGGCGGCUGUGAACACUACUGCAGGAACACCAUUGGCAGCUUUGAAUGUAGCUGCCGAAAGGGCUUCAAGCUGCUGAUGGACGAGCGUUCAUGCCAGGAUAUCGACGAGUGCUUUUUUGAGAGGACGUGCGACCACACUUGUUUAAACUCGCCUGGUAGCUUCCUGUGUGUUUGCAACAAGGGCUACACUCUCUAUGGGCUUGCCCAUUGUGGAGACAUAAACGAAUGUAGUUUGAACAAUGGAGGAUGUGAGCACACCUGUGAGAACACCAUGGGAAGCUUUGAGUGCCACUGUCAUGCUGGUUACAAGCUGCACUGGAACAAGAAAGACUGUAUCGAAGCAGAGGACUCUCCACUAGUGCCGCCGCCUGCCAGGCCCACUCUCAACUGCAAUAAGCAGGGAGGGGGUGAGCUCUGCUACCUGACCUGCCAGUCCCAGGUUCAUAUCAGCAGUGGAGCUGAAGAUUCAUACACGGUGACCUGUGGCAUGCCACUGCCUUGCCACGCAGGAGGACAGCGGAACAGGAACGGGUCAUAUUGCCCAGGUUCAGGAAUCAAAACCAUUGCUACAUUUAAAUCUGGACAGGGGAAGUGCAAUCUGAAGCGGAGUCAGGAAAAUCUUGCACAGAGCUUCAAAACCGCCCUGUCAGAUAAAAGAGCCACCGAGAAUGUCCAGUUCAGCUUUGUUAGCCUGCACUGUGCCUCUUCAAGCAGACAGCAACGUAGUCGCCAUGGACGGAAGGCUGGCGAGGAGGAAGGGUCCUCCAUUACUGCCCAGUUUGAGCUGGCUGUGAACCUGGAGGAGGUAACAGCAGAGGGCUGUGACCUGGCAUGUGUUCGGCGGCGCUCAGAGAAGCGGCUUAGGAAGACUAUCCGCACUCUUCGAAAGUCCAUUAACCGGGAGCAGUUUCACCUGCACUUUGCUGGAUCGGAGUACGAGCUGGCCAAGAAACUUGUCCGACCCGCUGACCCUCCAGAUCACUGCGGCACCGGACAGGUUCUGCUGGACAAGAAAUGUGUCAAAUGUGCCGUUGGCACGUACUAUGAUGGAGAGCAGGGGAGGUGCUUUCUUUGCCCACCUGGGACGUACCAAGAUGAAGAGGGGCAGGUGUCAUGCGACGUGUGCCCAGGACCCGAGGGCAGGGGAAUCCCGAGAACCGCGGGAGCACGCAACAUCUCGGAGUGUGGAGGUCAGUGCCGUCCUGGUCAGUUCUCACAUGAUGGCUUUGUGCCCUGUCUACCUUGUCCACAAGGCACCUAUCAGCCUGAGGUCGGUCGCACAUCCUGUUUCUCAUGUGGAGGAAGCCUCACAACCAAAUAUGAUGGUGCUGUGUCCUUCCAGGACUGUGAGACUAAAGUUCAGUGCUCCCCAGGGCAUUACUACAAUACCAGCACCCACCGUUGUAUCCGUUGCCCCAUUGGAACCUAUCAGAUGGAGUUUGGCCAAAACUACUGCAUUGCCUGCCCUGGAAACACUACCACUGACUUUGAUGGAUCCACAAACAUUAUGCAGUGCAAAAACAGACAAUGUGGAGGAGAGCUGGGAGAAUUCACCGGCUAUAUCGAAUCCCCCAACUACCCCGGCAACUACCCGGCCAACAUCGAGUGCAUCUGGACCAUCACCCCUCCCCCCAAGCGCAGAAUCCUCGUCGUGGUACCUGAGAUCUACCUUCCCAUCGAAGACGAGUGUGGGGACUAUUUGGUCAUGCGGAAGAGCUCUCUGCCCAAUUCAGUGACGACUUAUGAGACAUGCCAGACGUACGAGCGACCCAUCGCCUUCACCUCCCGCUCAAAGAAACUCUGGAUCCAGUUCCACUCCAAUGAAGGAAACAGUGGAAAAGGCUUCCAAGUGCCUUAUGUGACGUAUGAUGAGGACUACCAGGAGCUCAUUGAAGACAUUGUUAGGGAUGGAAGAUUAUAUGCUUCUGAGAAUCAUCAAGAAAUUCUUAAGGACAAGAAGCUAAUGAAGGCCCUGUUUGAUGUCCUGGCCCAUCCACAAAACUUCUUCAACUACACUGCACAAGAGUCUAGAGAAAUGUUUCCCAAAUCAUUUAUCAAAUUCCUCCGUUCCAAAGUUUUGAGAUUUCUACGGCCCUGAAUACUCUUUUACUGAAUGAAUAUUUGGCGCUCCAGCCAUAUUUUAAAUGACUGCCCUGGAACAAAUAUUCCUGAAUGUUCUUGGCCGCCUGCAUAUUUGCAGAUUCAAGAUGAAUUCUUGGACCUGACGAGAUGAGAGCUCAUGAGAAACUUUCCUAAAUGCGUCAUUGGAACAUUUUUUCUCCUGAAGAAAAUGAACUGUUUUUUCCAGUGAAUGGAUUUGUUGCUGCCCUUCUUACAAUUACAAUGAGCCGGCACAUUUGAAGAAAAAGAUGCUUCCUGUUUCAUUCCUUUAUUGCCCAGAAAUGACUGUUACAGAAACAUGUUAAUUACAGUCAGAAUUAUAGUCAUAAAAACGAAGAGCAACUAGAUUGCUUGUUAUAUAUUAUAGGACAUUUCACAAAAUUUACCUUUUUUUUUUUUGGGAAAAUGUUUGACCAGCUUAUUUUGAAACUUCAGAGCACUACCAAGGGUGUAGUGAAAGUUAAAGCAGUUAAAGUAAUUUUUUUGUGAGUUUGAAUGUUGUACAUUAUGUAAAAAAAUUAGCAUCAGCUCUCAUGUUACUGUAUUGUAUUCUUUUUUUACAUUGUAGCCUUCUUCAUACAUCACAUAUAUGUAUUCUUAAUUUGUCUCCAAUACGAAACAUUAGGUGUACAUGAUACUUUCAGUAGACAUUAUGGUCAUUUGAUAUAUCGGUUAUCAAUUUUUCUCUUCAUUCACUUUGUUCACACUUCUAUCACCCAAACUGAUUUUUGGAUUAAGAGGCUCUUGAUGUAGGAUUGAUUACCCGUUGAUGACAUGCAGAGUAAAUUAAAUGUUUAUAUUUUUAUGGUUGUACAUCUAACAUGUAAAUAAAGAAAUACACUCAAAA